UAACUCGAACGCUACAAAAAUGUGCAAAAAGUGUGGCAAUAUUCCAACGCAAGGCCCAAAAUGUGUACAGUGCAAUGCAGUUUUUCAUCCAGGGUGCAUUAAAUAUCUUAAAGAUGUUGUGGAAAUUGCUCCUGGUGAGGUUAUGUGCUGUGGUUCUAAGGUGACUCCGACGACAUUGCCAGAGAAGAAAAUGACCAACAGCAUCGCCCAAGAAGAAGUUGCUGCUUCAAUUAAUGACCCCGACAACGAAUUGGAUGAUGAAUCCUUUAGUUCUGCAAUUGAGAAUUCUGACACCGCAAAGGUAGAAAAUAAGUAUCUAAAAAAACUGCUGAAGGAGAAAGACUUGCACAUAAAAAGUUUAUGUGCCAACUUGGACAUACUCCACAAGCAAAUAACCUUGCUAAAUAACAUCAUAAUUAAGCAGGAGGAAGGAAUUUCCAAUAAUCAUAAUCCAGAAACGACAUCACAAGAAAUUAAUGAAAUUGUCAAAAACAGUAAGCUGCUCCCGCUCAAAAACACCAACGAUAAACAACAGAAAAAAACGCAAGACUCGCCAUCUAAUCAAGUCAAAACACCAAAUCAAGGAGAUAAAGAUAAGAAAGUAAAGAAGACACUUCGUGGUCAUAGCGAACUCCAGGAGCCAGUUCAGGACGAUAACGAAAACCUGGACAAUAAUAAGACACUGCAGAAUGAAGACGAUAACUGGAAUAAAGUCAAAAGCAAAAAAAGACAUCGCAGGGAAUCCAACAAACCGAUAAUUGGAUGCUCGGUGGAUAAUAGUACCCUCAAAGCAGUCCCACAAAGAAGCUUCAUCCACGUGUAUCGACUAAAUCCUUCAACGACUACAAAGGAUAUCGAAGAUCACCUCUGCAUGUCAAAUAUAUGCACUUUCGGAGUUGAAAAGCUGCAGUCAAGAUAUCCGGACCUAUAUUCAAGCUUCAAAGUGACCAUUGAUCAUAAAGACCAAGACGUAGCUAUGAAACCUGAAACCUGGCCUCCUGGCAGCUAUGUCAAUCGUUUUUUUCAUCGGAUACUAAAGAAGACCGCGUUGCCUUAGAGGUAGAAGGCUAUUUGAACAUUCUGUCAAUCAACAUCCAAUCACUGAGGGCUAAACUAGCGGAAUUUGAGGCAGCAGUAGCAGACGAUGACUUCUCCCUCCUUACCCUUUGUGAACAUUGGUUGAUGGCAAAACUCAACGAAACAUGGGGGC